UUAUACCAAAGACUUUUCGUAAGAAUAAUGCUACCUCUAAAAGUAUAUCAAACAACGUAACUAUUCCAGUACUAAAACAAGAUAUGGAUGUAACUAUACCAGUAUUAAAACAAAGUAGACAAGAUUUGAACAAGACUGGCAUUUUUACAAAU